AUGCCCUGCCUCCCCCUCACCUCCGCCUCCUACACUAAAAGAUCACUCCCAACCACAACGGCACCUCCCACCCAAACAGGCCUCCCAUCCUUCACCAUGAACGAACCGCCUCUUCCGGCUAUCCCAGCCUACUUAUACGAAGAUAACAUCGAACGCAUCGAAGGGUCAAGCAAGCAAAAGGCGAGAAAGUCGAAGAAGGAAUUGACGAAGAGAUGCGUGGGGUGUGUCGGUGGACAGAGGCGGACAUACGUCCCUUCGAAACUGUCGGAAUGUGAGACCGCCGACUUUGGCUUCGAGCCCGAGAUCGACUCAGCCAUUGUCGACUUGGAUGAGAACGAGCGCGUUAUCGUCCAUGAGGGUAUUACUGGGGUCGUUGCACUGGAGGAAGAGUACCGUAGCUGGUGUGUCGAUACCCAGGCUAUAGCUAGAAAUCAGGAUCGGGAUCGGGAGAGGACGACUCAGUACGGAGUGGCGAGAGUAUAUGCGGAGUUUGGAAGCAGUAAGGAUUUGGAGUGUAUAUGA